CCAGGGGGCGACAGGCGAGUCGCGGAGACUCAGCGCUGCGCGAUGGCGACCACGCGGGCGCUAUUGCGCCUGUCCGGGCGUGCGGAAUCCGUGAGCUUCGCGCAGAGCGUGUGUGGCCUGCUGAGCUUGAGGCCGGGUCCCGGGCCGUGGACCGCACACUGCAGCUUGGAGCGAGGACAGCUCGUCCUCUCCGGCAGGCCGUUCCCCGGCGCCUCGGUGAGGCUUCCACUCCAGAGACCUCCUUUCUGCCCAUUUGCGGCUCUGGACCAGCAGCCCGGAGCCUCCAGGAUCGAGAUGCCCAGGAACCGAGGUGUGGAACUGUGUGUGGCCGUCAUUCUGCAGUCCAGUGACCAGACUGUCUUGUUGACCCGAAGGACACGCACCCUCAGCAUUUCCCCCAACAUCUGGGUCCCUCCAGGUGGGCAUGUGGAACCUGAUGAGGAGCUACUGGACGGAGGGCUUCGAGAGCUGUGGGAAGAGAGUGGCCUACAACUGCCCCAGAACCAGUUCUCUUCAGUCCCUCUGGGGUUAUGGGAGUCUGCCUACCCUCCCAGGCUGAGCUGGGGCUUCCCCAAAUACCAUCAUCUUAUUCUCUAUGUACUUGUGAUCUCCCAGGAGUCACAGCAGCAGCUGCAGGCCCGGAUCCAAGUAAACCCAAAUGAGGUGAGCGCCUUUAUGUGGCUGGGACCAGAUGUAGCAGAGGCUGUGGCUGCCACAGAGGAUGGGACAAAGACACUCAGGCUUCUCCCUGAAGACUUACCACCCUCUGUCCAUGUAAUAGAACUGAGGGAUGAUGGAAGAACCCAACCUCUGGUCCUGCCCACAUCCACACUACUGCGGAUGACCCCAACCACAGGAGAAGACAAAGAGAGGGUCAGCCCUGGAACCAAGUUUGCCCUCAGGCUCUGGCUACAACAUUUGGGCAGAUAAAGGUGAAAGUGAAAGUGAUGUUGACAUGGACCCUGGACCAGCAAAAGAGAGAUGGGGGCUGGCAAGAUGGUUUCUCAAGUAAAGGCUCUUGCCAUGCAAGCCUAGCAACCUGAGACCUGAGUUUGAUACCUGUGAACCCAUGUAAAGGUGGAAGGAAACAAAACAUCCCAUAAAGCUGUCCACUGACUUCCACAUGCAAUAUGGCAUGUGGCACUUAUGCAUUAAUAAAUAACAUUUUUAAAGGAAGGAUGGAGCAUGGCCCUUCUUCCCCACAAACCAGAAGUCUAGAAAGUGAAAUAAAAAAUCCCCUCCUUGGUCCACCUCCAUGACACUCACAGAACAUUCACAACCUUUAUUAUGGGUGAGAACUUUGCUACAACUUUGGGAAUAGAAAGUAAAAUUACAACAUAGGACCUCAGCCCUGGAGAACCCUGAAAAGAUUGGGAAGAAGAGAAGGGUCCUCCCACCACCCAGGAAAGGUGCAGAAUGAUCCAGACCAGGUCUCUAAAAGCUCAGGUCCUUGGCUGUUUAGCAUAAGAAAUAUUGUGAACUUAAAUAUAUAAAUAGAGACCCAGGCAAUAAGCAGGUCACUCCCUGCUCACAAGCCCCUGGGGAUCACAAGUAAGGC